CAGUCGAAGAAGGUAGCUUACAACGUCAAAAUGUCCUUAGCGGCUUAGCUUAAGAGCUAACAACUUAGUUUUAUUUUUUGGUUUACUUUAGCUUUCGUUUCUUUGGGCGACUUGGGUUUUGUACUAGAUGGGGUCCAGGGACUUACCAUGAAACUCCGGGUGCAGAAUGAUAGGAGUGAUUUCAGAAGAGCACUGAAACUGGGGGAGUCUCCUACUGUAAUGCAGCCUGAUUCAAGCGAGCGGGGUGCUCAUGCAGGAAAUGGUUUAUCCCUAACUCUGCAACCAGAGCUUCUCACCCGGGCACCGGUUACUACAGCCGCCGCCACCGGUGCUGAGAGCAGCGAGGUGCGGGUGUCCAUGACUGGGGAGUCAAGUGGAGGUGCAUCAUCCAGGAGGUCCAGGGUCAACUCCAACAGCCACUCCCACUCACAUUCACACGGACAUACUCGAGCGCACCAUCACAGCAAUUCAGACCUUGAGAUUGACCCCCCAGAUUCUGAUCUGGAUUCAGGAGAACCCAGCACCUCCUUUUCUGAGCUUCGCUGUCUCUUCCGCUGGCUUCAAAAGAGUCUUCCUUUCCUUGUCAUACUGUGUUCUAAACUGGUCAUCCAACAUGCUCUAGGUUUAGCAGUUGGAGUUGGCCUCCUAACAACUUUCUUAUAUGUGAAUAAAAACAUCCAAACUCAAGUCUUUUUUCAGGAUCGUCACUCGAAGCUGCAGUGCAUGUGGUUGCUUCUCUUCCUGGUGUCCUCCACCCUCCUGCUUUACUACACCUUUCUCACUGAGACACUUUACCAUUGCCUCAUCUUCCUCAGUCCAUCCAUCGAGCCGCUGGGUUUCUGGGAGAUUCUUUGGGCAGUUGGCGUCACUAACUUCAUAAUAAAGUUCCUCUUUAUGGGAAUUAAGUGCCUUAUCCUGCUGCUGCCCUCCUCACUGGUGACCUACAGAACACAGGGGCAGUGGCUGAUGUUGACUGAGGAGCUGGGUCAAAUGUACCAGGCUACAGCACCUGUUCCUCUGUGGUUCCGCUACUUGGUCACCUACCAGGAGACGGAAGGCACCCCUGGGCUCACACUGGGGGUCCUGCUGGCCUUGCUCUACCUCAUAUUAAAGCUUUUAGGAUUCUACAGCCAGUGGAUGUCUUUGCUGAAAACUGUGAAGAUGCUUCUAGUGGGCGAGCAUACAGGCACAGCUGCAACAAGGGGUCAGUGCAGCGAGGCUGGAGAUGUGUGUCCCAUCUGCCAGGGGGAGUACAGGGAGCCUCGAGCUCUGCUAUGUCAGCACAUUUUCUGUGAUGAAUGCAUCGCUCUUUGGUUUAAUCGAGAGAAGAGCUGCCCCCUGUGUCGCACAGUCAUCACAGAGAAGGUCUACAAAUGGAGGGAUGGAGCUACAUCUCCUCACCUGCAGAUUUAUUAAUAACGCACACACACUGAACCUUUAGGUAUAUUAGCUUCUUUGUAGUAUGAUUUUCAAACUCCACUGACGGGCAAUGUCGCGCACACUGUUUCAGUUCUUGGCUAAGAGCUGGGCUCCUCUGUGGGCCAAAGUUUGACUUUUUCUUUUACAACUUCCAAUGGAAAAUUAUGUCCUCAGUUAUAUAUAUUUUUUGUUAAUCCCACUUGAAGUUAUUUCCUUUCGUGUUGUUUUUAUUUACCUUUUCAAGGCAACAAAUUCUCGUAAAGGGGCAGAAAUUUGAAAUGGUUUCUUGUAAAUAUGGGAGUAGAAGAGUUAUAUAGAUGAAAAAAAGUAUUUUAAACUUUUCCUUUUUCAUACAUUUGAACAAAUGCAGCACACAAACCGUCUUAUCCAGUGUUUGAUUUGUAACAAUGAGUGAGCAGCCUUCUGUCUCUGCUCAAGAGUGUUAAAUUUUCCACUCAAACCAACUGCUCCGUGUGCAGAUGGAGGGCUGACGACCAUGUACACAAUAAGAUGUGACAACAGGCUGAAACAUUCAAUCCUACAUGUUGGAGUAGGCUUGCAUAUUUCUUUCAGCUUUGUGUACAUUUGUCAUUGACUAACUCAUAAAUUAUUUUUCUAUAAGGGUGAGAUUACUCUUUUUUUUAAAAAAUAUAAAAAACAACCAAAGACUGGGAUCUAUUUUAUGUAUUAAAAUCAUUUCACCUUUAUUUUUAAUCAUAAACUAUCUGAAUAAAGAUCUACAUUUGAUUUA